ACACUCUCACUACCCUCUGCUCAACAAAACGAAUCAUAUCUUUUAGCCUUAAAUAUUAUUCGUCAACUUGCACCGAUCCCACUACACAAACACUCCACCUCCGGUAUAUAAGAAGCAAAGGACAAUAAUUCUCUUACCAUCCCUCAGCUUCUUCUUUUCCCUAAGCUUCUCUGCCAUAUCCCAACGUCCAUACCCCCCAUUCUCUGUCCCAAACUAACUGAAAAUAAUGGCCUCAAGCUCUCGCACGACGGCACAUGGCUUUUACUCAUCCUGGACAAUAAGGGAAAACAAGAAAUUUGAGGAGGCAUUAGCCUUCUAUGACCAGGACACACCAGACCGCUUUGAGAACGUGGCGAGGGCUGUUGGUGGUGGGAAAACAGCGGAGGAAGUAAGAAGGCUCUAUGAGUUACUGGUGCGAGAUGUCAACCAAAUCGAAGCUGGUCAAGUACAAAUACCCCUCUACAAGAACGUUGGAUAUAAUGGCGGACCACCAGAGGCAAUAUCCUACUUGCUGAAUAUCUCCUCUACGAAAUCAUUCCAGUGUAAAAUGCUCAAGAAGAAUUUAAAGCUUCAGUAAAAAGUUGUCUGGAAUGCGUAUAAACAGAAACAAGUUCUGUGCAGAUGCAGAUAAAAGUGAAAUGUGUGUGCUACUGAAUCAGAACAGCACACGUCAAAAUGUAAUAAAUGAAUAGUUCCAGCUAGAAUACUGUUGUAAUUUAGCCAAAAACUGUACCUGCCUCAUGCGGAAUCCCUUUUGAAAUGGCAUACACCAUAUUUAAUCGCU